GCCGGUUGACUUGACUAAAUUGGAAACAGCGGCAAAGCCACCGAUGUGAGAGAAGUCGGACUAAACAAAACGCCACACUACAUAACAUUUCAGCUUCAGGUCAACGGUCAACCCCCUUCCUUCAUUCCCGCUUCACAAACUUUCUUUGCCAUGAUGAAAAUGGAGUCCCGAACAAGAUUGGCCUUUGUUCUCAAUUCCAUGAUGAUCGUUGUAUUUCUACUUCUCCUCCUCAUCCACGGCUCUUGCUGCUUCAAUCUUCACGGCGUCACCCCUAGAGAGUACUCCAAGGGAGACCUGUUGGAGGUGAAGGUGAAUACACUGACCUCUACAAGUACACAGCUUCCUUACAUGUAUUAUUCUCUUCCUUAUUGUCGCCCACCAAAGUUAGUGGACGACAUAGAGAAUCUUGGACAAGUUCUUAGUGGUGAUCGUAUCCAAAACUCCCCAUAUGUGUUUAGAAUGAUGGAGCCGCAAAAGUGCACUGUUGUUUGUCGAAUUAUACUUGAUGCAAAAGCGGCAAAGGAGUUAAAGGAGAAGGUUGACAAUGAUUAUCGAGUCAACAUGAUCCUUGAUGACCUUCCUCUGGUUGUUCCAAUACACAGACUACUUAGGGAGCUUAGGGAGCCUCCUAUUUUUUAUCAGUUUGGCUUUCAUGUUGGGCUUCAAGGCCGAUACGUAGGGAGUGAAGGGCCAAAGUAUUUCAUUCACAACCAUUUGGCAUUUACGGUCAAGUAUCAUAAAGAUUCAAACGCAAACAUAUCAAGGAUUGUGGGAUUUGAGGUUCGACCAUUCAGUGUUCAACAUAAAUACGAAGGGAUAUGGAAUGAGAAGAACCUUUUAAAUACAUGUGAGCCACAUUCAAAGCAAAAGGAUUUCUAUUCCAACCUCCCCCAAGAAAUUGAAGAGAAAAAGGAAAUUACAUUCACCUACAAUGUUGAAUUCCAGGAAUCUGGUACAAAGUGGGCAUCUAGAUGGGAUGCAUAUAUUUUUGAGAGAGAGAGCCGACUCCAGUGGUUUUCAGUUAUAAGUUCUCUUACAAUCAUUCUGUUUCUUUCUGGCACAAUAGCAGUUAUUAUGCUACGGACAGUUUAUGCUGAUGUUUCAAAGUAUAAUGAACUUGAGACAGAAGAAGAGACCGAAGAUGAGACAGGAUGGAAGGUUGUUCAUGGGGAUAUCUUCAGGCCUCCAUCUAAUUCUGAUCUACUUUGUGUCUGUGUGGGAACUGGUGUCCAGUUUUUAGGAAUGAUUCCUAUUACAACGAUGCUUGCUAUUCUUGGAUUCUUUCCCCCUUCAAACCGGGAUGCUCUUAGUACGUCUUUGCUCUUAACUUGGUUAUUAAUGGGCUAUUUUGCUGGCUAUGCUUCUGCUCGUCUGCACAAAAUGUUUGGAGGAGAAGAACGGAAGAGUAUUGCUCUGAGGACUGCCUUAAUGUUCCCAUCUAUUCUCUUCACCAUUUUCUUUUUCUUGAAUACUCUCCUAUGGAGUCAGAAUUCAUCUGGAGCCAUGCCACUGGGGACAAUAUUCACUCUCGUCUUCUUAUGGUUGGGAAUUUCAGUUCCCCUGGUGUUUAUUGGAGCUUAUUCUGGGUUCAAGAAGCCAGCAAUUGAGGAUCCUGUAGUAACUAAAAAGGUCCCUAGAGAGAUCCCUGAGCAAUCUUGGUAUACAAAACCAGUUUUCUCAAUUCUGGUAGGGGGAGUAUGCCCGUUUGUAACCAUAUUUGUGGAAUUCUUCUACAUCCUCGUCACCACCUGCUUCAAUCAGUUCUACUACAUAUCUACUUUCCAUUUCUUCUUCUUCAUUAUCCUCGUCAUCACAUGUGCGGAAGUAUCCAUUGUGGUUUGCUACUUCCAGUUACGCAGUGAGAACUACCUCUGGUGGUGGAGGUCUUAUUUCACAUCGGGCGCCUCUGCUUUGUACCUCUUCCUCUAUGCUACCUACUUCUUCUUCAUAAAGCUUGAGAUUUCAAAUAUGGUUUCUGUGAUGGUCUACUUCAGAUACAUGCUCAUUGCUUCAUUAGCAUUCUUUGUGCUGACAGGUACCAUAGGAUUUUAUGCAUGCUUUUGGUUUACAAGGUUCCUCUAUUCAUCUCUAAAGAUUUGAUUAAACUAUAGUGUGUCUUUAUGUAUCAAACUAUAUAGCUGUUAGUACUUUAGAUGAUGGCUCAGCAAGUUUGAAUCUCCAUGUUGAAGAUUUCAAAUUUGAAUCCUGAGAAUGGUGAAGAGGAGUUUGGAAAGAGAAUAACAAUUCCCUGUUGUAUACAUCAUUAUCCAAUGUAUAAAAGUAGCCUAUAUAGCUGUGAACUUAUUUUCCUGUUUCAAUGAAUAACACCCAACUGA